UAAUGAAGCUCAAAAUGAUACUAUUACUCAACUGUAUAUUAAUGAUGGAUCAAACCAAGGAGCUGACGAACGCCAUGAAUAUAAACUUGUAGAUUUUCCAAUUUUUUCAGGAAGUCAUGAUGAUGACCCUGUUGAAUGGUAUGAGGCUUUUAACAGAGCCUGUAUUAGUAAUAAUAUUUUAGAAAACCGACGUAUUGCUAUUGUAUCUAAUUUUUUAAGAGGAACUGCUUUAUCCUG